CUCUCGACUGCAUCUGGACCCUCAGCAACCCCAGUGAACGAAUACAGACAGACAGAGGAGAAAAGGAAAAGAGCUGAGAGAUCAUGGUGUCCCCAAACCUUUACCUACGCCUGUUCACCUUCCUUACCUUGCUGACUCUACUAGCUCUCACAGAUGUGUCCAGUGAGAACACUUUGCACAGGAUUCUGAAGAAGAGAGAAGUGGAAGAUAAGGUGAAGUCAGCAGCUGCUGUGGUGGUGCCAGCUUCCAAGGCCAAGCAGUUCCUGGCUUCUCUACGAAGGCCUAAGAGGAACCUGUGGGAUCGCAGUCGUCCUGAUGUGCAGCAGUGGAUCCAGCAGUUCAUGUACAUGGGAUUUGAUGAGGCGAGACUGGAAGCUGAUCUGUCUUACUGGAUGGACCAAGCCCGCUCUAGUGACCCAGCACGGCAACAUCACUAUGACGAGAAUUCCCCCCUGGGCCCCCGAUACCCCAGUCAUUACAGACACGGGGCAAACGUCAACUACGACUACUAUUAACUUCCCUUCCCCUUCAAAAACAACCUGGUUCCAGGAACUGAAUGUGAAGGGGUGGGCGAGAGUUCUCCCUUGUGUAAAAGCAAUAUCACACUCUGUUCCUAUUCCUUCACCUCUUCAGACGGCAGCCUUGCAGGUUUCUGAUCUUUCUUACUUUUUUUCUUGCACGCUCUUCCCCGAGAACGAGCUUCAACACAUUUUUUCCCACUGCAGAAAUCUAAUCCACCACUCUGUGUGCAUUAAACAUAAUCACAAGCCCUCUACCCUCAUGUAUACCAUGUAUAUCCUUACUACCAGUAGAAGUGCAAGUGUUCCGUGCUAUGAAUAACCUUAAAUGCAGCCGCUAACUGAUGCCGUAUGCGUGGGCAUCAGCGUUUUCAACAGUCUUUAACUCUCUAUUGCAGCUCUGCGCCACCAUGGUGCCCCCCAGCAGCAGAGAUGACCUUAGAGUUAACGCUUCAUUUAAAGGCUGCCUACAUAAGGACUUUAUAAUGUAUGAAGUAUUGAAAGUAAUACUUGAAAACAGCUUAUGCCAGUAAUUGCAAGUUGACAUAAAAUGUUUCAAGACAUUGCUUUACCGUAAGGGGCCACAUUAAAAUCUUUUUUUUUUUCUUAUUCAUUUAUUUGUUCCGUUUAUAACACUGUUAUGAAGAAUCAUUCCCAAGUAAUGACUAUGCAGAUGCUUAACAGCACCACAUACAUUAGUUUCAUAUAUGACUGAGAAAACAAGCAUCUUCAAAACUGUAACUUUGCAGAAGAUGCAACAACGUUCUUUUAGUGAUAUUACUUGCUGUUUCUGCACAGUUUCAGUGACAAUGUGAAUAUACAUAUAAAUAAGCAAACAGUCCUAUAAUACAUUCCUGUAAAAGUAGAAAGACCCUUGGUAAAAUAUUACUUCAGUAACAGAAGUUCCCUGUCUGUACUUAUAGUUGAGAUAAAAAGUACUAGCUAUUAAAUGUACUCAAAUAUCAACUGUAGAAGUACUUUGAGUUAUUCUAGAUACUGUGUAAUACUAAUUUAAUGAAAGAGUUCUAUUAAGUAGGACUGUGUGGCUGCAGACAUGAUAGAGUUAGUUGGCCACAGAGCGCUCUUUAAUAGAAACUGUACUUUAACUCAUGUAGAAACAUGGAGAACUGAUAUACACUGUUUUUAAUUAGGCCUCUGCCUUACAAGUUCCAUUUCAUACCAGUGUUACAACUGUUGCUCACAUCUGUCAUAAGGAUUUUUCUAUCGGUACAAAUGUCAUUUUAACAUCUUGUGUCCUAAAUUAAUGGCAUAACCUGAAGGAAUACAGAGCAGAAUUCAGAAAUAUGCAGUAGCUUUAACAAUGUAUUCCUCAGUAUGUAUGCAUGUUUUAUGUCCCUAUUUAUGUUUUAGUCCCUAUUGAAACAGUCUUCAAAUAAUGCGUACCAUUUUGGUCUAUGCAAGGUUUUGGAGCCAUAGAAACAAUGAGUGUGUUUAAUCCGAUUAUUUAAAUGGUCAUGUAAACACCAUACUCCGAUCUAGAAAUCCAGUUAAGAAAACUGAUGAAGGGAGCUGGAUUUUAGCUCAGUCAUCAGAUUUCUCAUUGCAUGUAUACUUAGAUUUCUUUAGGAUUUCUCAGUCGUGCAUGUGCAGAACAGCUGUACCGGAAAAUAAGCAAUUCAUAUAAUUCAUAUUUUCAGGUAAAGAGUUGCAUUUUUUUUUUUUACAGAAAGCUGCAGCUUGAAGUUUUACUUUAUGUUUACAUCACAUCUUCUUUUGUGAGUUUACUGGGCAGUUUCCAAGCAGAAAUCAGAUUGCUGCCUCAUGACCAGACCCAGAGUUUCCCAUUAUCUGAUUACUAAAGUUCAUAUAAACGUGUUGAUCAAAUUACUGACAAAACCCGAUUUUCUGAAGUCAUCAGAUUAGUAAGUGCAUGUAAACACACUUAUUGAUACUGACUCCAGUGACCACCUAUAUUAGUGCUGCUAAUGAAGAAUCAUCUGCUGAUGCAUAUCUAGUAUUGGUGAACCACACAAAAGACUAUGUAAAAGAACUGUUUAAGAGUUAAAGGAAUACAGAAAAAUUGUACUUCAGAGAGCAUAUAAAGCCCUUCAGCUUCAAAAUCCAUCAUCAUAUGUUUUGUGUGUCCAUACAUAUUUGGUAGAGGCAUUAAGUAGACCACAGUUUGUAAGGUAAAAGAAAUAAAACUGCUGCCACAUCUAAUAGU